GCAACGUCUUAGCGUGUUUCCGAAGGCCAGAGCUUCUACAGGAGUAGGACGAACGGAGAUUCUCGGAUCCUACCCUAGACUGGAAGAAAAAGGCCGGGAGCCCGAAGGCAGGAUAAGCAAUUCCUUCUCUACUUCCCCUCGCCUUACUUCUUCCUUUCCCUCUACUCCUUUCUCUUUUGCAUGAAACGACCUAAAAGCUGGACGUAGUGGCGCACUCCUGUGGUUCCAGCUACCCGGAAGGCUGAGGCGGGAGGAUCGCUUGAGCCCACGAGUUCGAGACCACCCUGGACCACAUGGAGAGAACCGCUCCCACCCGCCCCACCUCGCCUCGCCUCCACUUCAAAGAACGGGAGAAAUGCCUCAAGUUUUACCUCCUCCUUCGCUUUGACUCGCAGUGCGAGGAUGUCUGUCCUAGAAGGCCUGAUCGCCUCCUUAGGAGAAUUCUUUUGAGCUGCCAGCCAAACUCAGGGCACCCAACGUCGUGCCAUGCUUAAUAGGUCUCAGUAAAUACUUGUAAGACUAGAAUGAAAUGGAUUAGAGGAAUCCGAGAUUUACAUUUCCUAAUUAUUGAGCAUUUACUUGGGUAGCCCUGUAGAUUCAUUUAAUUUAUUCAACAACUGCUUUAUUGAAUGACUACCACAGACCGAGAAUUGUAGACUUGGAGGACACUGCAGUAAACAAAAAUCUGUCCUCAUGGAGCUUACAUCAUACUAGGGGGAGCAAGAAAACGAGCAAGUAAAAUAUAUGGUACAUUAGAAAAAUUAAGAGGCUUUCCCCCCCUCUGACAUUUCCCAUUCCAUUUGAGAAUUCUGAACUAAAGAGUGACUAGAUCUGCGGGUCACUGAAGGGAGGUAGGGGAAGCUGCAGGAAGAUCAAUUAGGCUACUGUAAUGAUCCUGUUGAAAGAUGAUGUACAUUCAGUACAGGGGAUGAGUCCUGAAAUUCUGAAUAUAUUUUAAAUGUAUUGCUGACAGAUAAUUAAUGAGAGACAGGAGUAAAGAAUGACUCCAAAAUUUUAUGAAAUAGAUGUAUGUCACAUUUAAAAUCAGAUACUCUAGGGGCCAGGGUUGUGGCUUAGUGGUAGAACACUUACUUGCCUAGCAUGUGUGUGGCACUGAGUUGGAUUCUCAGCACCACAUGUAAAUAAAUAAAAUAAAGGUCCAUCAACAACUAAAAUAUAUAUUUAAAAAAGUCAGAUAACUCUAUUAAAUACAACAGGAUAGGGUUAUGUACCCACUAUCCCAUCCAGUUUUCUCUGUCCCAGAAAUAUGCUAAAAAUUCUGUUCUUAAGAGAUUCAUUCUUCAGCAGCACAUAUUCUAAAAUUGGAGUGGUGCAGAGAGAAGGUCCUUGAGUAGGAUGACACACAAAUUCGUGAAGCAUUCCAUACUCAUGAAGCACUAGAGAGUUAUUUGACAAUAACAUACUCUUUUUGAGAAAAUAGACUUCAAGGUACAAUGGAUAGCACCCAAUAUUGCAAUUGUGACUUUUAUACAAAAAUAUUUGUGUAAUUGAUCAAUGAAAUAACUGAGUGGAGUUACAUGUGAAAUACUGUGUGCAAAUAUGUCCUUAGUAUGUACCUCAGAUAUGAGAACAUACCAGUAUGCUUCUCCCCUUCAUUUAACUUAAAAAAGGAAGAGAUUCAUUCUUAAAGGUAUUAAAUACUUAGUGAGCACAGUGCCUGUACUUAUGAUACAAUAGUGGGCUUUAUUGUUAUGGUUCCUGCUCUCAUGAAACUUAACAGACUCAUGUAAUACUGACAUAAGCAUUACAAAUUGUAAAGAGAGCUUUGCAGGGAAAUAAAGAGUUCUAUGAGUUCAUGAAUAGAGGAAGCAUGUGCCAUCCUUUUGGCUCAGGGAAAGGAUCACAUGGAGAAGUGUCAUUUAAGGCAUUUUUCAAACUGCAGGUGAUUAUUCAUUAGUAGGUCAUGAUCACACUUUUUAAAACAAAAUAGAAUAAAACAUCAGAAUGUAUCCCACAUGGUAAGUUGUUUUAUAAAACUUCUUUCAGUUAUUUGUGUGUGGGUGUGUAUGUGUGUGUAUGCAGUUGGCAUGGUUGAGAGUUUAAGAAGGACCUGUUUACAAACAUAUAGUUAGGAAUAAAAUUUAAAAGAGAUAAUGCAGUCUCCAGGUACAGAGAAAGAAAUAGUUACCUAAGCUGGGAGUCAGUUGAGGGGUUGGAGAGGAUUGGCUGUCAGGAGCCAUGACCUUCAAUAGAGAAACAUAGCCAACCAAUGAUAAUAUGUCAGGGAAGGAGCUGGGAAGAGAAAUAACUUGACUUCACUCUCCUGCACUUGGAUCACUUUCUGGGCUCUCCCAUUGAUGGAUUCCAUAUGAGUCAGUCUCUCAGAGCACAGAAAAUGCUGAAGAUUGGAUUCAGAGAGGAAAUGGAAGAUAUCUUAAAAAAUGCUACUGUUUUAAAUUGGUACCUGAUAGGUCAGUGGGAUUCUACUAAGCAAAGAGAUGAAAAGAAUGAAGGAAUAGCAUGAGUUAGAAGGGAACAUGAUUCCACAGAAGAAUUGAAAGGAACCCAUUCAGGCUAAAGACCUAGAGCAAGAAAACAGCAUUGCUAAAUGGCUCUGGAGAGGAACAGGAUGUAGCUAGACCACGCAGACCUUAUGGGCCAACUUAAUAAUUUUGGUCCUUGUUCUAAGGUAAUGGGAAACCAUGGAAGAAUUUUAAGGAGAGAGAUGUUUGUGUUUUCAAUUUUUAAAAAAUCAUUCUUUUACUAGGCCUGUCCGUGAACACUCGUAAUCCCAGCUACUUGGGAGGCUGAGGCAGGAAGAUCACAAAUUUGAGGCUAGCCUCUGCAAUUUAACAAGACCCUAUCUCAAACUAAAAAAUAAAAAGGACUGGGAUAUAGCUUAGUGAUAGAGGACUUACCUGGUAUGUGCAAGUACCCAGGUGCAAUUCUAGUACCGCCCAAAGGAGGAGAAAGAGGAAGAGGAGAAGAAAAGGAGUGCAUAUAUCUUCAGUUUUACUUGUUAGACCUGUACCCCAUUAUAUCAGUAGUUCCUUCAUCUCAGGGAAUGCUCUAUUAAACAAAGUGAGGGGUAAACCACUACUUAUUUCAUUCUUUAAUUUUCUCUUAAAGGGCACAUAAAUAACUGAAACAUCAGUCAGCACAACCUUAAAAUAACUCAAUGUUUCCUUCUCAUUUUAGUUGACUACAUUUUUGUGAUAUUAUAAACACAUUGUGGAGGACAACAAAACUAAAGAAGAAUGGAAGAAGACAGACUAGAAGACUCACCCCUUCCUCCGGAAGGUUGGAAUUCUGAGAUAAUGGUGUUGGUGACAGGCCAACCACCUAGUGCUGUAAAAGAAGAAGAAGAAGAAGAAGAAGAAACAACUCAUGUAGAUGAAGAAGUCAUCCCAGAAACCAGAGAACCAUUCUCCCUUCUAGAGGUGCUGAGACUCUCUGCAGUUCUGGAGGAUACCCUUGACCAACUUUCUAUUCUAAACUAUAUCAUGCCAGUUCACUAUGAAAGAAGACAAAGCACUAGCAUGACUAUCAGUAACCUAGAAAAAUCUCUGCCGGUCUCUACAAGCAAAAUAUCUACUCCAGUCUCACCUAAAGAAAAACCCACAUUGCCAGAAAUCCGGCAAGGAGGCCCAUUUUCCAUGGAGUUUAACAGAAUGCAGGAUCUUGCCUUUAAAAAACCUACAAUGCAAUCCAUAAUAACUACAGAGACACUGAAGAAAAUUCAGAUUGAUAGGAUGUUUUUCAGUGAUGUGAUUGAAAAUACCAUGCAGGAGUUAGAAGAUUCAGGCACUUUCACAACUCUCCUGCAAACCUUGAGCAAAGAAAGGGAAAACAAAAUGCAUUUCUAUGAUGUCAUUGCCAGGGAGGAAAAAGGAAGAAAACAGAUAAAAUCCCUUCAAAAACAGUUAAUUAACGUCAAAAAAGAACGGCAAGCUGAAGUACAGAGACGGAAUGAAUAUAUUGCUCACCUCAAAGACCAACUGCAAGAGAUGAAGGCAAAAACCAACUUGGAGAAUCACUACAUGAAGAGAAAUACUGAGCUUCAGAUUUCCCAGACCCAGAAAAAAUGUAACAAAACAGAGGAGCUCUUGUUGGAAGAGAUUGAGAAAUUAAGGAUGAAAACUGAAGAAGAGAACCGAAUUCAUAUGGAGAUUGAACUGUUCCUUAGAAAAGAGCAGCAGAAACUUGAGGAGAAACUGGAGUUCUGGAUGGAGAAAUUUGAUAAGGACACAGAAAUGAAACAGAAUGAAUUAAAUGCUCUCAAGGCUGCAAAGGCCAGUGACUUAGCACACCUUCAAGAGCUAGCGAAGACGAUAAGGGAGUAUGAAAAGGUCAUCAUUGAAGAUCGUAUAGAAAAGGAGAAGACCAGGAAGAAGAUAGAACAAGAUGAAUUGGAAUUAAGGAGCGCCAUAAAGCUCCAGGCCUGGUGGAGAGGUACUGUGGUAAGGAAGGAAAUUGGAAGUUUCAGAAUGCCUAAAGAUACAGAUGAUAGCAAGGAUUCAAAAGGAAAAGGUAAAGGCAAAGGUAAAGGUAAAGACAAGGACAAACGAAGAGGCAAGAAGUGAACAAGCCACCUUUUGUCCUUUCCUCUGAUAUUCUGGAAAUGAGAAGGAAGACUUGGGCCAUCACAAAUAACUCAGCUAUAGGUUAUUUAUUCAGGUAUCACCAGGUGAUUUCACUUUGCAUUUUUUUCAAACUUUGAAUUAGAAUUAUACUGUUGAUCUAGUGUUUCUUCAUAUUUUGAUUUUGGUGGGAAGAAUUGUUUUGAGUAGCCUUGUGAAAAUUCCUCUUGGUCUUUCUUACCAGAAAAGAGGUCCUGGGAUUGGUUACAGUGAUGCAUUAAAACUUCAGUAAUUCCUGUAAUGUCUCAGAUUCUGAUUUUUUUCUAAUUUGUCUAAAGUGAAAAAAACUCACAAGCAAAAGUGAAGUAUUUGUAGGAAUUAUAAGGUAAUGUUUCAUAAAAUUUCUAGCCUAAUAUAUACAUGGUAAAACAAUAAAUGUUGAUUCCUGUCUUUUAGAUUUUUUAUUAUCACUUUAGUGUUUUCAUGCAUGGUGGUGGCAUGGAACAUACAUCUUAUGACAAGCUGCUCCUGCAGCUUUUCUGGGAAUAAGUGGGGAUAUAAAUUAUAAAUACAUGACUAAAGUGGAAUGUUAGGAUGCAUAAGCCUACAAAUGGUAAAGAUGAGGCAUAGGUUUUCUGGAAGACUAGUUUGUAGAUAUUUUUGACAAGUGAGAUACAAUUAUUUCCAUCUUAUGGUAUAUUAAGACUAAAAGAGACACGGUAUGUGAAAAUACGUAGCCUGUGCCUGAAACACAGUAAAGUGGUGUCUCCCUCUUCUCUUAAAACAAAACAAAACAAAACAAAACAAAACAAAACAAAACAAAAACUCCCCAAAAACUAGCCCAUUAGGUCAUUCUUGCCUUGAUUAAUCAAAACAGUACGUUGGGAUGCUUAAACUUUCUCUACGGUACAGCUGAUACUUUCUGAGAGAAAAGUUGUUCUAAUGUGUCAUGAGUUAAGCCUUCUGUUCAGCUCCAAUUAUAGGGAAGUCUUGGUAUUUCUACUUCCUUAGAAAAGUAAAAUUUAAUCUCAAAGGCCUAUUUUAAUAAAAUUAUGUCCAUUGGUAUUCCUUCAGGGAAUCAGAUACCCUUUCCUUGAUUCUUCUUUGCCAAGGAAACCAUGCUAAUUUAGGAAUGCACACUUUCAAAUGUUUAUUACAAUCUACUAAAGUGUUGACUUUUAUUUUAAUGUCAAUGUGUAAGGUGGCAUACAGGCAAUUUAAAAUAACAUACAUGAUAUUGACAUAUUUAUACUUAGAACUUAUGCAAUAUAUUUACAUACAAAUAUAGGACAAUGUUUUACAAAAUCUUUUACUAAUUACAUGUUUGUUUAUAAGAUUUUCAGAAAUAAAAUGAAAUCUGCUGUAAACCAUCUACUGCAGUGUGUAUAUAAAAAAGGCUUCUAAAUAUCCGUGUUUUCCUUCAUUUCUAUAACCAUUUAAGAACUUAGUUUAUAAAAAUUCAUCAGACUCAUCAGUAUCAUCACACAUCAUUAGUCACUGCUGACUGCAGGAAACAAGAGAAAUCACAGACUCCUUGAUUAGCUGUAAAGGGUGUAUUUUAGAAGCUGUUAAGGAAAGUGACCGACUACUAAGCCUUUUCCUACUCUGUAUUCUAGCAAGAUACAAAGUCCCCUCCUCCCACAAGUUGUUUCCAGACCUGGUUAUUAAAAGAGAAUAUUGGUUUGGAGUGUUAAGCAGAGAUGCAUUUCAAACCCUGAAAACUGCUGACAAUAAAUCUCUGUAGGUGGGAAGGGCUACACCAGGUGAGAUUUAACCUGUUCACACUUCCAGUAGUAGGAAGGUCACUGCUUCAGGUCAGGAAGAAGUGUGACAAGGCUACUUUCAUCUUAUACUGGAGUCUAGCAAGGCUAAAUGUUAAACUGAAUUGUUCUUUCCAGUUUAAAAUAAAAAGGUACAAAUGAAACAUACAAAAAUUCUCCAACAAAAAUGCCAUGAUUUGUAUUUGCAUGCUAACAAAGAAAAAAUUCAAAAUUUGAUAUUUUUCCUUUAUUCUGUCAAAACUACAUCAUUUUUCUAAUAAUUCAAAUACAAAUUUGAAUUAGUU